GGCACAAAACUCCAGGGCGACCUCCACACGGUCUGACGUACCCAAAGCUGCUGGUAUAAAUGAAUUCACGGCGUCACCGAGCUCAGAUGAUUCGCAGUACCCGUGAGCGCACCCGGCUGUCAACACUCACGGGCUACAACUCACACAAACCCCCUCACACACACACAGGCACACAUUCUCACAAACACCUCUGCGUCAUGCGUCCUGAGAGCGACGGCACGAACGCGGUAACUCCGAUGGACCCCGGUAAAACGCACAGCGGCAGCAGUCUGAGGGGCUGACUGGGUCCGGCUUAUCUGUCCAAUUGCGUGUCCCCCACUGCUCUGGGAAAGUUGCGCUCUCAGUGUGGUCGCAUUAUGGAUUUUAUAACAACAAGCGCCAACGGCAGCAACGCGACCAGCGGUUACCCUGACGGGGUGGACGUGGUUGCCGUCUGGGACGGGAGUGAGAAUGGCACGGGCUCUGGGUCUCCGCCAGAUGUAAAGCUGAGUUACCAGAUUAUCACCUCUCUGCUCUUGGGGGCCCUCAUCCUCUGCUCCAUAUUUGGCAAUGCGUGCGUCGUGGCAGCCAUCAACCUGGAGAGAUCUCUCCAGAAUGUGGCUAACUAUCUUAUUGGAUCUCUGGCAGUGACAGACCUCAUGGUAUCGGUACUGGUUCUGCCAAUGGCGGCCCUCUACCAGGUUUUGAACAAGUGGACACUGGGGCAGGGGAUCUGCGAUUUAUUUAUCUCCCUGGAUGUUCUGUGUUGCACAUCAUCCAUCCUGCAUCUGUGCGCAAUUGCCUUGGACAGGUACUGGGCCAUAACAGACCCAAUUGACUAUGUAAAUAAACGGACGCCGAGGCGAGCUGCGAUCUUGAUAAGCGUGACUUGGCUAAUUGGUUUCUCCAUCUCUAUUCCGCCUAUGUUAGGCUGGAGAAGCGCCGAAGACAGGGCGAACCCCAACGCGUGCCUCAUCAGCCAGGACCCGGGCUACACCAUCUACUCCACAUUUGGGGCUUUUUACAUCCCUCUCAUUCUCAUGCUGGUCCUGUACGGCAGAAUAUUCAAGGCUGCUCGGUUUCGGAUUCGAAAGACGGUGAAGAAACCCGAGAAAACAAAAGUGUCCGACAAGUGCUUGACUGUGUCUCCGGGCAUCUUCCACAAGAAAACCAACGGGGAGGACGGGGGCAAAGGCUGGAAGCGCAGCGACGAGUCGAAGCCCAGCUCUCCGUGCGUAAACGGCGCGGUGAAGCACGGAGAGGAGGGUGAAUCACUUGAGAUAAUAGAAGUUAUCGGCAACUCCAAAACGCACCUGCCUCUGCCCAACACGCCCCAGUCCUCCUCGCAGGGCUACGAACACAUGAAUGAAAAGAACUCGGGGGCGAAGAGAAAGAUCGCGCUGGCGAGGGAACGUAAAACGGUGAAGACACUGGGGAUCAUCAUGGGAACUUUCAUCUUCUGCUGGCUGCCCUUUUUCAUCGUCGCACUUGUGCUGCCUUUCUGUGCAGAGAGCUGCUACAUGCCCGACUGGCUGGGCGCAGUCAUAAACUGGCUGGGCUACUCCAACUCUCUCCUCAACCCCAUCAUAUAUGCCUACUUCAACAAAGACUUCCAAAGUGCUUUCAAGAAGAUCAUUAGAUGCAAAUUCCACAGACCGUAACCACACACAGUGAAAACAUUUGCGUUUACUUAGAUGUGGAGUGAAUGAACGGACAGCAGGAAAUGUUCGCUGACUGUAUGGGGGCGGGGCGGGGGGCUUUUCAUUCAGGGACAGUCUCUUUUUCAGUGUGUGUUUAAGGACCGUGUAAAAAAGAAAAAAGAAAACCCAGGGUCGCUAUCCGCUGAUGAAAUGAGACAAGACGGGAACUUUCGCUCUUAACGUACAAGCUCAUGUUUGUUCAGUGUUGUAGCUACAUUAUAUAGCCUAUAUGCGACGGCAGCCAUCGCUUUAUUGCCACGCAACACGUGUCAUGUGCUGAUUACAUGCAUUCUAUCCUGAGACACGCGGGGGUUUUGUCCCACACCAUGAGCUUUGUAGCACUGACACAAUAAAAGCAAUCAAAGUUUGUCAUCAAGAAUGAGUCCAUCUUUGUUUAAAUAGCUAAUGAGCCAAGCACAGAUCAGGGCCUGUUGUGAGAAAAAAAACGUAACAGUUUCACUUGGGACCUGUCUCAUCAUCAUCAUCAUCAUCAUCACAUCUUCAUAUAAGGAAUGAAUCAUUGACUGUGUUGUUGAGCAAACAAAACAGGAGCAACUUAUCAAUUUGCUUCGACAGGCCACAGGGAUGAUGAUGAUGAUGAUUGUGAUGAUGAUGGGCGAUCAGGCUGUGGAGUGCAUGGUGUAUUUGAUGUCUUACAGCAAAUGGUUGUGGAACAAACCCUUCUGCCUAUCCAUCAAAUCCAUCUCAGAGUCAAAAGCAAAAGAAGACAGGCAAUUUGUUUUCUAAAAUGAAGGCUGGUAUUACA